AUUACGGCCCUAUUUUGCGUUUGUCAACACGGGUUGCAAAAUAGAAAAACCAAUGGCCACAAGGUACACGGACCCUCAAACCUCUAUUUUUAGCAUUUGUUGUAAUAGGAUUGAAGGAAAACGGCUUUUUGUUUAUCUUAAAAUGAGGUUUAACAUCAGACGUGCCUACCUUUUUUGGUAUAAUCUGCUUCAAUUCUGUGGCCACACAUGGACAUUUGCAAAUAUGAUGGCCAGAUUCUUAACCUUCGGUGGGGAUGCCUUAGCAGAUACAUUUUAUACAGUUGGAGUUGUGAUGAGUCUAUGUCAACUGCUGUCCAUUCUGGAGCUAUUCCAUAUCGUUGAUGGUAUCGAGAAAGGAUGGCUUCUGCCACGGUUUGUUCAAGUUUUGGAGAAAAAUAUCUUGCUGUUUGUGGUGAUAAUUGGUUUAGAAUAAAUCCAAAGUAAACCAAUAGUGUGUAUACAAUUUUUCCUGUGGAAUAUUCUGGAUCUCCUAAGGUAUCCCUAUGGACUCCUGUGCGUAAUGGGUACUCCAUCCUUUGACAUACUUUGGGCUCGAUAUACCCUGCCAAUCCCUAUCUACAUACUCUCUGUUGCCUCAGAAGUUGUACCGACCAAAAGGUUUAUCGGGCCUGAGGAGGAUGAAUGCUACUGGCCACCAGCAAGGAUGAACAUGGCAAAGGCAGUCAUAGAUCAACAGGACCCUCACACUGACUGGGUGACAUACAAGUUGACUGUCAAGAGAAAAAUCGCAACUUAUGAAAUUGCCAGCACAAAAUUAGUUGAGUAUGAACAGAACACAGAUGUACCAACAGAGUCCGAUUCUACAGAGAAUAUGGGAAAGGGGAAGCGCAAAAAGAGGCAAGUGAUUUUGUCCAGUGAGGAUGAUGACAAUUGGUCUGGCAGCCCCAUCAGGCCUACACCUCAAUCCACCCUCAGAUCAUCACCUCAACCGACUCCAUCCAACCUCAGAUCUGUGCUGAAAUCUCCACUUGCUCCAUCCAACCUCAGAUCUACGCAGACACUUCCACCGCCUUCAUCCAACUCAGAUCUGCGCAAACACUUCCACCGCCUCCAUCCACCCUUAGAUCUUUACUUUCACUGCCUCUAUCUAGUAAGCCUACACUUCCACCACCUCUGGGUAACCUUAGAUAGCCCGAUUGUUUCAAUCAGUCACCAUGUACCAGCAACCCCUCGAAGACCAAUCAGGGACAACAUGUUUGUUCGCAUCUUAACCAUCCUUGAGGAGAUGAAAGAGACACAAAAAAUCCAAGGGAGGAUGCUACAAACGCUUCUACAACAGCGUGGCAACAUUGGUACCACUGUCUCUUCUACCCCAGAGGGUUUUCCUCUACAGUUAGGGAUGUGGAAAUCAUAUAAGAAAAACUGGAAAACCCAAACUUCAUGUCCGAACUGGUUGCAGCUGUGACUGACAUAGGGGGGAACUGUUGACGAGGCCACAAGAAGGAUGAUGACCUUCCUCCUAGAUCAUGGCCUAUCCAGGCAGUACAACUUUGUGGGCCGAAAAGGGAAGAGAGAGUUCAAGGCCUUAAAAUUGUAUGAAGUAAUAUAUGGUAGGUGUGCAUGUGGAUAAUGUUUUAAGUUGUACCGAUACUAGAA